AUGGAACCAGAAGUGACUGUCAACGGGACUUACACUGUUAAUGGCAUACAUCCCUGCUAUGAAUUAGAUAAUACAAGUUAUGUAUUUACAAGCAACCCUUCCAUAGUAUGUGUUUCAUUAUAUAUUUUGCUUGGUAUACUAUCUGUCGCCACAAUAUGUGGAAACCUUCUUGUAAUAAUCUCCAUCAUUUACUUCAAAGAGCUCCAUACUCCUACAAACUACCUUAUUCUAUCUCUGGGUGUGGCUGACCUGCUUGUCGGAGUUUUAGUUUUUCCUUUUAGCAUGGCAUUCACUGUAAGCUCAUGUAUGCAUCAUGAACAUGUACUAUACAGAUAUUAUGCUGUGUGUCAGCCUCUGACCUAUAAAACUAAAAUAAAUGUUCACAUAACUGUGGUUAUGAUCCUUGUGACUUGGGGGGUUUCUGUUCUAAUUGGAAUUGGCAUCAUAAUUGCAGGAUUCAGCCAAGGAGCAUGUGAAGGGAUGUGCUCAGUUGACGUUGUAAUGGCAAACACUAUUGGACCUGUUCUCUCAUUUUACCUGCCAGCGAUCAUAAUGCUCUGUAUCUACCUGAAGAUUUUCCUUGUUGCUAAGAAACAGGUAAACAGCAUCCAGAACACAACCAGUCAGAGCAAAAAGUCUGGAGCAACUGUCAGUAAGAAUGAGAGAAAGGCCACCAAAACGCUGGCUAUUGUAAUGGGAGUUUUUCUUUUAUGUUUGACUCCUUAUUUUCUUUGUAUUGUCUUUCAGCCUUUAUCUUAUAACCCCCCACCGGUUCCUGUGAUUGAAACACUCAACUGGCUUACACUAUCAAAUUCAACGCUCAAUCCCUUUAUUUAUGCUUUCUUUUACAGCUGGUUCAGAUCAGCUUUCAAAAUGAUAAUUUCAGGAAAAAUAUUUCAAGGUGAUUUUGCGAACUCAAAAUUGUUUUGA